AUGUCGAGUCGGGGGCUUCAUGGUUGCUGUGCCGAGCGACGAGCGAGUCAGGGACCAGUUGCAGGAUUUUUCCGAUUUGGCGCUGCACGAUCAUCCUUGGCUUUUCUCCGAAGCCACGAUGGAGGUCGAGACUCCCCGUCGCAAAGCGGCAGGACCUCUCGAGCUCUACUUGGUGGAUGCUCCUUGGUCUGCUUUGGGAAAUUUUCGGAAGGCUACUUCGGGGCGUGGGGCUUUGGAGCUGAUUGCUUUGACUACCUCCACCGGUGCAGUGGUGCGGCCUCUCCCCGAAGCGGCUCGCUCGGCAUCCGAUGCUUGGAUCAACGACACAGGCGAGGAUGGUGCUCCCGACGGCGAUUUGGCCGAGUACAUCACUGCCGAAAGCCAUGCUGGUUCAACUCCGCCAUCGGUUCGCGGUCCGAGCGCAGCUGCCAAAGGGGAAGAAGAUCCUGCAUCCGAGCUGGCUCGGCUUCGGGCGAGGCUGGCUGUCUUAGAGCAACGGGCGGCAGGAUCCACUGCUCCUUCUCGUGCCGACCCGAUUCGGCGUGGAGCUCGCGAUCUUUUCCCUCCCGACACCGAGCACGAUGGCACCGAGCUCACCGAGGCCGACUGGAAAAAGUUGCGUGCCACAGCUGGUCAACCACCUGUUCGGCUUGCCGGCCACGAGCGCGCGGGGCGCGCCACCCGGGCCGAGGAUACGCUCCUUGCCGAGGGCCAGGCCGGGGCGCUGGACGAGGAGGCGAUGGCUGCCGACUUGGGUUCCUCAGCGGACCCGAUUCAUCGGCUGUUGGCUGUGCAGACGCAGUUGCUAGCGAGACUGGCUCCACGGGGCCCUGUGGAUCCGAUCAGUGCGGCGCUGGGCUCCGGAAGCGGAGGGGCCAAAGACGAAGGCAACUUAGGCUCUCGUGGCUCCGUCGCGAGGGAGGCAUUUGUCAAGCUGAUGGCGAACGACACAGCAGUGGCAGCGGCCAUCCGAAAUCUGGCGGCCGACGAGCUUGGUGUGCAGGCUCAUGCCGUCCACCCUGGGCUCAUGAAGGAUUUCCUCGAGAGGAAGGUGCCCAUUGCGGAUCAUCGUAUGCUGACGCAGGUGGGGUACUUCGCUGCAGCAGCUUGGGAGCGCAGCCGCAUUUCUUCAAACGAGGAGCUCGAAGCGUGGGCCAGCCGAUUGAUGCUCUAUGUCGAGCAGUCGGCGCUCCAGGACGGGCGCACCCAACUUUCUUGGUUGCUGACGGGGCUGAGCGAGCCCAGCUGGGGCCUUCUGACGCGGCGAAAGUCUUCUCUGAGGCCCUUCGCUCGCCUUUGCCCAGCGAGCUGGGUGUCGGCCAAUGUGGCUUUCCUAAAGGAGAUGGAUUUCAUAGGGACCAAGCUCGCUCCGGGAGGCGGCCGCCAGACGGACACUCCGAAGGACGCCGACGAUCCUGCUCCGGACGACAAGCCUCCUCGAAAGCCUCCUCGUCGGCCGCGGGGCGGAAAGCCGAGCGAGACCCAGGCAUGAUGUGUGCCGCCGUGGCUGCCCCUACGGCGGCUUCUAUGAACCCUGAGCCGAUGAUUGCAUGUACGCCGGGAGCAAAGCUCGUGGCCGGUUGCUCGGAGCGGCAGCCUAAUUCAUUAGAUACUUUUGCCGAUGACAGGCCUUUUUCGGUCGGUGCCUGCACUGCGUCCUCGAAGGUUGCAGCUACUGUUCUCGGGGUCACUGAGCCCGGGCCGGUCGCCUCGUCCCAAUCUGCUUACGCUAGUGCCCUUAAAGCUCCUCGCCCGGCCCCUACUCCCCCUAAGCAUGUGCCUCAGGAUGUGUUGCUCCAGUGCUUCCCGCAAGGGCUUCCCUCCGACCGUGUUAGGUACGUGCCUUGGGUCAGCCACUUCUUGGGGUUAGCGGGUUCUGCUAGGUGCUCCUUAGGAGCUUUCCUUCGUAGUUCCUUCUCGCCCCACGCCUCGCACAUAGAGCCUCCUGACGAUUCUCGAGGCGACCCGUGGCCAGUGCCCCCACCUCCGAGGUGGCGACGGACGGCCGAUGUUCGGAGUUACGGCCCUCGGCGCCGGCAUAAGUGCAAGCUUCAUGCUUUAGUUCGUGACUUAGUUCGGUUUCUUGUGGGUUGCCUUAAUUGGUUAUCUCUUGGAAAGCCGACCGUUGCACCUCCUUGUGCCCGUGCUCGUGCCACUGGCUGUGUUACCCAUCAGUGCAUUUUGGAAGUGAUCGAGCAUCAUGCCUCUUACUUCGCACGUGGUGGCGACUUCACUCCAGACAGCCUUGGCCGUAGCGAAGAAAAAUUUAGAUCAUUGCUCUCUCAGGCUUUGGAACUGCCUCAGGAUCCUGCUUUGGUAGGGGUUGAGCGCGUGGACCGUCUGACGCAGAAAUUAGUUUUGGAACUGCAAGCUGGCUGGGAUGGAUAUUCUCGUGCUUCGGAUGCUGGGCAAUCGUCUGAAUCCAAUCUUGAUCUUCCUUUGCCUGCUGAGCCUUCCGGCUCUUUGCCCGCCAAGCGGGGGAAUUUCGAUGUAUGUGAGCGUGAGGUCGCAGAGGUAAGCCAGGGGAUAGUGUGUAAGCCCGUUGUUGCUGAUCGCAUCAAGUGGUCGCUUCCGCCUUCCUUUGACCCUGUGCCCUUCCUUAGUGACCCCGUCUCCAAAGCAUUGUUCUUUGACCCUACUUGUUUUGAUCUGCCUCCCGAACGGUGUCCUAAAACCAGGCCUUCUAAAGUCCACUGCACACGUCAGGAAUUGCUUCGUCUGGCCGCAAAGUGGGAUGCGCACCAGGCCUGCACGAUAUCGAACUCGUACAACGCCAACGACGAGGCGGUGGAGCCAGUGGAGACUUCGCGAAACUUUGAGUUUGACGAGACGCUGCUCCCGUUCACCAGAUGCUUUGCCGAUCUCAGUGAUGAGAUAGCAGCCUCUGCUUUGCCAAGAGAUCUCGGACUUCACGAUGAUAGCCUCAUCACACCAAUCUCUCCAGUUUGGUGCGAUGUUUGCGGUCGGAUGCUCUUUGGUCUUAUGCAAGACUGUGUCCGGUGUGCAGAAUGUGGUCGUGUGGCAUGCAAGACUUGUGCCUUCACUCGGAGUUGUGCCGUGAAGGAAAUUCGACAGUACCUGGAAGCAGGUGCGCAGCUGCCUUUCCACCUUCAGGACCGCUGCGGCGAAGCCGUGCUGGUUUUGCCGGUGGUCAAGCGGCAUCCUUCUGUGCUCCGCUACGUUCCCCAGGAACUCUGGAGGGAUGAGACGUUCCUACGGCAGUUCCUGGACUUGGGCGGGCACGAUGCGGGCCUCCGACAAGCUGCCAAGCAGCAGCUGUCGGAGCUGGAGAAGCCGGACAGAGAUGAAAUCGCCGGUGCCGUGAUGGCGGUGCUGCGGCAGGGCUUUGAGUCCAGUGGCGUCGCUUUUGCCUUGGAGCUUCUCGCGCAACUGGCGGAGAAAAGCCCCGCUGUCCUGGCUGCGGCGAAGGAGAGGCUGAACGAUGCAGAUGCUGUCGUUCGAGCAGCUGCUGUCUCUGCUGUUUCCCUCUUGGCCAGGAAGGAUGACAGAGCUUGCAAGAGCGUACCGAGGGAGCUUUUCCGACGCCUGGAAGACGAGAGCCAAGCCGUCCGAAGUGCUGCCAUCGAUGCCCUGCCGCAGCUGCAUGCGGAGGGGCGGCGGAAGCUGUCCGCUUUGACCCCGCGGCUGCAGGAUUCGGACCCUGGGGUGAAAGCUGCGGCGCUCCGGUGCUUGCAGAAGCUGCAGGUGAAGGUCGAUAAUCGGUUCCGCAAAACACUGAGCAAGGCCUUGGCCGACGGACACCCCGACGUGCGGGAAGCCGCAUGGUCCUUGAUUCCUCAUUUGGAUUGUGGUGCUUGCGCCGGAGUGCUUGCUGACCUUUCCUGGGCUCAGGGCCUGGAUGCCGCGACCCAGAGUCGUCUGGUCCUCUCCCUGCGCUCCCUGCUGGAGCCCCUGGCGGCCGACCGUCUCCGCGCCAUCGUCGCUGCAGCUGAGAUAUCGAACUGGUGGCUGCGUCUGGCCAUGGGCGACAUCAUGCACACCUAUGUGGACUCGGCGAACCCGCAGGUGCGGCUGGCAGCUGUGGAUGCAGUGCAUCAGCUGGCCGACAAAAUGGAUGGCAAGGCGGCUGCUGUGCUUGCGGCCCGGAUUGAGGACGAGGAUGCCGCAGUUGCUGCCGCAGCGUGGAAGGCUGUCACUGCCCGCUUGGAGGAGACCAGUCCCGAUGCGAGGCGCAUCGCAGUGGAGUCCCUGGCGGCCCAUGCAGCACACCAUCCCAAGGUUCUGGCUGCGGUCCUGGACAAGCUUGGGGAUGGCAACUGGCUUGUCCAGACGGCGGCUUGCCAGGCACUCGAGAAGGCCAUGCCCGGAAAGCAGGCCUCCCUGGUAGCCUGCGAGUGCUUGGAGCACGCGGAUGAAAACGUCCGCCGCGCCGCGGCUGCCGCGAUGGCCGAGCUCGAGAUUGACAAAAGUCAGUGGGAUCAAAUGUGA